AUGAAAGCUUUAAAGACAAAGAAGCUAAAAAGAAAUAGAGCCGUAGAUCUUAUGAAACUUAUCGAGCAAGUGAACGGAGAAAAGAACUUGAAUGUAAACAGAAAGCUAGAACUGAUAAAAGCUUUAAAGACGAAGAAGCAAAAAAGAAACAGAGCCGUAGAUCUGAUGAAAGUUAUCGAGCAAGUGAACGGAGAAGAGCUUGAAUGUAAACAGAAAGCUAGAACUGAUGAAAUGUUUAAAGACAAAGAAGCCAGACAAAAACGUAACCGUAGAACUAAUGAGAAUUAUCGAUUGAAUAUGCAGAAAAAAGAACGUGAAAACAAGCGUACAGUUAGAACCAAAACAAGCUUCAAACUUCGGGAAGCUAAAAAGAAGCGUGAACAAAGAACUGAUGAGAACUAUCGCAUUAAUGAACGCAAAAAAGAACUUAAAAUGCGAGAACUUCCAAGAGGUGGUCAGUUGAAUAUUCAUGGAAAUGUGGUGAAUGUUCCCGUUGAUAUACAACCAACAAUCAAAGCUUUGCCACUUCAGUUUGAACAAACUACAAUACUACAAUAG